GCUGUUCGGUAAACACCCCGACAACCUGGACCAGAUUGAGAGUGGCAGCAGCCAUGAGGACCAACUGGACCCCUCCUUCACGGGGACAGGAGGCAUGUCCAGGCUGUCUCGCUUCAUGGUGUUGGUGAAGGGCUGGUCAUCUCACAGUAGUCAGCCCUCAGAUGACCUUCCUUUAGACUCAACCAUGAAGUCACACACAGAGUUCAGAGAGGCCUGGAGGGCAGAGAGCAUGUCCAACACCAGACUCUCUGACCAAGUCCGCAGGAGGAACAAUGGUCAAUGGCCCCUUGCAGCAUACAAUAUGAACAACUGCAACAACAAGGAUGACAAAAAGACGAGAAGAAGGAUGAGAAGAAACCGGAUCCCCCGAAGCCACCUGAUAAGAAACCGGAUGAGAAGAAACCGGAUCCCCCUAAAGAAGUGUGGAUCAUUGACCCCGCCACUGAUAUGUACUACCAAUGGCUGACAAUAGUAGCUGUCCCAACAUUCUACAACUUAAUGCUUCUGGUGCCAAGAGCUAGUUUCAAUGACCUGCAGGCCAACUAUGUAAUGCUGUGGAUGGUUCUCGACUACACUUCAGAUGUCAUCUAUUACAUUGACACGUUUGUGAGAUCUAGGACAGGUUUCCUGGAACAAGGAUUGCUCGUGAAGGACCCAGUGAAACUAAAAGAACACUACCGAGCCCAGAAGCAGUUUAAAUAUGACAUCAUAUCGAUGAUACCUACCGAUCUUGCCUUCAUUCCAUACGGUUACAACAAUCCAGAGUUCAGAUUCAACCGCCUCGGCAAGAUGGCGCGCCUCUUUGAGUUCUUCGACCGAACGGAAACCAGGACAAACUACCCCAACAUUUUCAGAAUCGGCAACCUUGUGCUUUACAUCCUGAUCAUCAUCCACUGGAACGCUUGCGUCUUCUACGCCCUCUCCAAACUCCUGGGCUUCGGCUCAGACACCUGGGUGUACCCAAACAUCACUGACCCCGAGAUGGGCCAGCUGUCCAGGAAGUACGUCUACUGCCUCUACUGGUCCACCCUGACCCUGACCACCAUUGGAGAGACCCCGCCCCCUGUCAGAGACAUCGAGUACCUGUUUGUAGUCGCCGACUUCCUCACGGGCGUGCUGAUUUUUGCCACCAUUGUUGGUAACGUUGGCGCCAUGAUCUCCAACAUGAACGCGGCACGCGCCGAGUUCCAGGCCAAGAUCGACUCCAUCAAGCAGUACAUGGAGUUUCGUAAGGUCUCCAAGGUCCUGGAGGCCAGGGUGGUCAAGUGGUUUGACUACCUGUGGACGGAGAAGAAGACCUGCGACGAGAAGGAGGUUCUGAAGAACCUGCCGGACAAGCUGAAGGCUGAGAUUGCCAUCAACGUCCACAUGGAGACGCUGAGGAAAGUGCGUAUCUUCCAGGAUUGCGAAGCCGGCCUGCUGAUCGAGCUUGUGCUCAAGCUGCAGCCGCAGGUCUUCAGCCCCGGAGACUACAUCUGUAAGAAGGGCGACAUUGGCCGAGAGAUGUACAUCAUCAAAGAAGGGAAGCUGGCUGUGGUGGCGGACGACGGGGUAACACAGUGGUGUGUGCUGAGCGAUGGGGCGUACUUCGGAGAUCUCAGUAUCCUGGGCAUCAAGGGCAGUAAGGCUGGCAACAGAAGAACAGCCAACAUCAGGAGCGUGGGUUACUCUGACCUCUUCGCCCUGUCUAAAGACGACCUGAUGGAUGCUCUCACUGAGUACCCUGACGCCAAGUACGCUCUGGAAGAGAAAGGCAAGGCCAUCUUGAUGAAAGACAACCUCAUUGAUGAGGAAUUGGGAAACAAGGCCGACCCCAAAGAAAUGGAGAACAAAGUCCUUACAAUGGAGACCAACAUGGAGGUCAUGACGAUCAAGUUCACCAGAAUGAUUGCAGAGUGGGCAACAUACCAGGCCAAGGUCAAGCAGCGCAUCAGCAACAUGGAGGCCAGGGUCAAACCCCUCAGGCAGGGGGAUGGAUGAGGUGAUGAUAGGACAAAUAAUCACAUGCAGAAUAUCUACUCCACAUAUUUAACAGACACGGACAUUAAAUGUAAAUCUAUAACUCAUAUACUCACAAUUUAGAUCUGGUUAGAUCUAAAUAGCUUUCCAUCCAAGUGGAUUAUAACCAUAAACUGUAUUGUUGGCUAGUCAAAAGCAGUGAAGGCUGGUGGGAGGAGCUAUAGGAGGAUGGGCUCAUUGUAAUGGUUGCAAUGGAAUAAAUGGAACGCAGUCAAACAUGUUGUUUCCAUAUGUUUGAUACCAUUAAAUGUUUUGCAUUCUAGCCAUUACAAUGAGCCAGUCCUCCUAUAACUCCUCCCACCAGCCUCCACUGGUCAAAAGUAUACCUAGAUUCAAACAUAAACUCAGCCAAAAAAGAAAGUCCUCUCACUGUCAACUGCGUUUAUUUAAGGCAAACUUAACAUGUGUAAAUAUUUGUGUGAACAUAACAUGAUUCAACAACUGAGACAUAAACUGAACAAGUUCCACAGACAUGUGACUAAC